AUGACAUCCUCAAACCCUGCACCCCGGUGGGCGGCCUUUGCGCGCGACACCAACGAGACCAAAAUCCAAAUCGCCCUCAAUCUUGAUGGCGGCGCAUUCCCCCCAGACACGGACGCCCGCUUGCAAGUGAGCAACACGGGUGACCACGCUUCCCAAACGAGCAAGUCGCAGACCAUCAGCGUCAGCACAGGCAUCGGCUUCCUCGACCACAUGCUCCACGCUCUGGCCAAGCAUGCAGGCUGGAGUCUGGCGCUCGCCUGCAAGGGCGACUUACACAUCGACGACCACCACACCGCCGAAGACGUCUGCAUCUCACUAGGCUACGCCUUCGCCCAAGCCCUCGGCACGCCCACGGGCCUCGCCCGCUUCGGGUACGCCUACGCCCCGCUCGACGAGGCGCUCAGCCGGGCAGUGGUCGACCUAUCCAACCGCCCCUUCUGCGUGGCCGAUCUGGGCCUGCGGCGCGAAAAGAUUGGCGACCUCAGCACUGAGAUGAUUCCGCAUUGCCUGCAGAGCUUUGCGGGGGCCGCGCGCAUCACGCUGCAUGUGGACUGUCUGCGGGGUGAUAAUGAUCAUCAUCGUGCUGAGAGUGCGUUUAAGGCGCUUGCGGUGGCGGUGCGGCAGGCUACGAGCCGGGUUGCGGGGAGAGAGGGGGAGGUGCCGAGUACGAAGGGGACGUUGAGUGUAUAA